AUGUGUGAGUAUGAACUAGAUGAUAUUGACGAUGAUGAUGUUGACACGGACGAUGACGAUGGCGAUGAUGAUGAUGUAUUUAUACUGGAUGAAGAUGAUGAAGUUGAUGAUAAUAGUGUUGGGCUUGAUAUAAAAGAAGAAGAAGAUGGUGUUAAAAUGCUUGAUGAAGUAGAUGCUGAUGAUGGUGAUGAAGAAGAUGUUUCAACGGAGCUAGAUGAUGAUGAGGUUGAUGAUGAAAGUGAUGACGUUGAAGUUGAUGACGACGAAAAUAAUAAUGUGCUGAAUGUAGAUGAUGAUGACGAUGAUGAAGAUGUUGAUGAUGACGAUGUCAAUGAGAAUGUACUUGAUAAUGAUGGUACAGAUAUUGAUGACGUGGUCGAAGAAGAUUCAGUGAAUCCUGUCGGUUUUGUGACAUUUUCAAUUGUCUGUAAAAACUCAGUAGUCAUAUUCAAAUUAGCUGUGGUGACCUUAUUCUCUUUUUCGACGUCAUCGGAUUGUCCGGUUGUUGAUGUGUGGUUGGGCUGA